AUUAGGCGUCGUCGUAUCUGAAAGUAGUUCCGGGCACUUAACCCAACGGGGGAGAGUCCCGGAUGUUGGCUCGGCCGCCGAGAGAAAGGCGAACGGGAGAAGGCGGAGAGAAGCUGAAGAGGGACGCCACGGCACCGCACGCACACCGGCGAAGCUACGGCUACGGCGCUUCUUUGCACAGGACGAUAACGUCAAGAGCACAGGACACUCCUGGGGAGCCCCCGCUAGCUGAAUAAGAGGAGGUGGAAGGAAGGGGAGGGGGCAGUUACUGUUAAACUACCGUCAGGAUUACAGAGAGCCACCGUAACAUCAGCUUUCACCCAGAAGUUAACCUACGGAAGACGUCAUGCUCAUGUCUUGAGCUGAGGGAGACUUCAUCCUUAACCUGUCACUCGUCCGUGUUAGUUAUUCCACACCUGGUCCAGCCUCCACCAGUCACCGAGCGCCAACAGCAACCACCACCAACUCCACCUUUUCCCCACCCCCCUCCUGCCCAGCCUGCCGUCACCAUGACGUCGGAGCUGGAGAGCAGCCUGACCUCCAUGGAUUGGCUUCCUCAGCUGACCAUGCAGGCGGCCAUCCGCAAGGCAGAUGCCCAGAAUGCACACGGGCCAGGCAUGGGCAAGAAGAGUACCCUACUGGAUCCUAACACCACAUUGGACCAGGAGGAGGUGCAGCAGCACAAAGACGGAAAGCCGCCCUACAGCUACGCCAGCCUCAUCACGUUUGCCAUCAACAGCUCGCCAAAGAAGAAGAUGACACUGAGCGAGAUCUACCAGUGGAUAUGCGAUAACUUUCCCUACUACAGGGAGGCGGGCAGUGGCUGGAAGGUCCAUUCCAAGGUUGGCCUUACAGCAACAAAGCAGAACUCAAUACGGCACAAUCUGUCAUUGAACAAGUGUUUUCUCAAAGUGCCUCGCUCCAAAGAUGACCCAGGAAAGGGCUCUUAUUGGGCCAUCGACACCAACCCAAAGGAGGAUGCCUUGCCUACACGGCCAAAGAAGAGGCCGCGGUCUGGAGAGCGGGCUUCUACGCCGUACAGCCUGGAGUCGGAGUCUUUGGGGAUGGAGUGUAUGAUCUCUGGAAGUGCCUCUCCAACGCUGGCAAUCAACACUGUGACUAACAAGGUGGCGUUGUACAACACAGACCAGGAAGGGAGCGAUAGUCCAAGAAGCAGCCUUAACAACAGCCUGUCUGAUCAGAGUCUGGCUUCCGUCAAUCUCAACAGUGUGGGCAGUGUGCACAGCUAUACACCGGUGACCAGUCACCCAGAGCCUGUGUCCCAGGCUAUGAGCCUCCAGCAGCCCCCCCAGUCCCAGUACAACAUGCCAGACAGGGACAAGCAGCUCCUGUUCUCUGAAUUUGAAGAUCUCAGUGCCUCCUUUCGCAGCCUUUACAAGUCUGUUUUUGAGCAGUCCUUCAGCCAACAAGGUCUGAUGGGCAUACCGUCAGAUUCCUCCCAGCAGACCCACACCUCUUGCUCCUAUCAGCACUCCCCCAGUGGCAACAUUAGCACUCAGAACAGCAUGUCAAACAACCAACCCAACAGCCACCCCAACAGCCACUCCGCCAACAGUGGCCAGGUGCCCCUGUCCCAUCCUGCCCAAGCCCACCCAGGCCACGGCUCGCCCCACGCACAGCACCUCCCGCAGCACGGCGGACCCCACAGCCAACACGCCCAGCACAGCCAACACAGUCAGCACCCCCAGCACGCUGCACACUCCCAGCACGGGCAACAUCCAUCGCAGCACCCGUCCCAUGGCCAGCACCCACAGCAACACACGCCACACCCCUCCCAACACACGCAGCACAACCAGCACCCUUCUCAACACGGACAGCAGCAUCAGAGCCUCUCCCACCAGCCCCAUCCUACCCAGCAACAGAUGGCCUGCAACCCAGGUUUACUGUCUGACUGGUACCCAAAUCUGGAUGCACUGAAAGAAAGCUGUCGUAUUGCUAGCAGCUAUAACUGGGCUGAUGUCGACCUUUCACCUUUCCAAGGAUUGAGAGAGAGUAUGAGACAGGCGGAGUUGAACAAUUGGUCCCUGGAACCCACCCAGAUCGCUGACCUCUGCUCGUCCAUCAACCAGUUUUUUGCCCGCACCGGUGUAAUCCAGCCACAGGGGGCAGUGCAGCCUCCUGUUUGUCAUGGCUCCAUGCUCCCCAACAAACCCAGCCAGCACCUCAACACAGGAAAUCUCUACAUGGACACCAGACAGAGCAUGUCCAUGAUGGGUCCUCCAGGAUAUCCCCACAUGCCCCACAACGCAGGACCCACAAUGACAGGACACCAUGCACAGAUGAACCAGCAGCACAUGAUACCUACCAGAAACUUCCAGAUGCAUCGCAUGCCACCUGAUGACAUCCAGGAUGACUUUGAUUGGGACUCCAUUGUCUAGCCCUUAGACCUCCUUUUGCAAAACAAAAGGGAGCGAGGAGAGAAGGUGGAAGCCAGGCUGAGCUGAAAGGCCACAGGAUGAGGAGGAGGAGGAGGAGGAGGCCACUGCGGGUGGGAUGCAGAAGAACAUUUGACAAGCUUUGGAGAUAGACAGACUUCGGAGUCCUGACAUUUUUACAAAAGCAAAACAUACCAUAGAAAAUGUUACUUUGAAGACAAUCAUAUUUAGUCGGACAUGUUAAAGUGAUUGCUUAUGUACUUGUCUAAAGACAAGUAGAACACAUUCAUGUCUAAACCACAUGCUCCUCAGCUCCUCAGCCAGCCCUCUCCCCGUCCCUAGCCAGCAGCCUUCCAAAGUCCGAACCCCCCCAUCCCCCCCCACCCAAAUCCCUGCUCCGUAACUGUUGUGUGAUUUGAGCGACGUGUUCAGCUUGUAAUUCUUCUCGUGUUGACAUUGGCCUCAGCUGCCUCUUGGAUGAGUUUCUCUCUUUAAAAAAAAAAAAAAAAAAAAAAAGAAGAAAAAAAAAAUUUUGGUUUAUUUUUUUGUUUUUAAGAAACACAGGCUGAUUCUGUGAGUAAUGUGAUGGUGCUCGUUGGUCACAUUUGGGAGAAAGCGUGGCUGAAUUGGUGGUAAAGUUAGGUUUACAAUAACUUUGAACAGGGUGUUAAAUGUUUAAGCAGGCUUGAUAUUAAACAAACCAAGAGAGAAAGGGAGAGAGAGAUGACAGAAAGCAUCGUGAUCUGUUUUCAUAGCCAACCAACGUGAUCAGGCUCACUGCAACAGACUAGUUAUGGGAGUACAGCAACUUUGUUUUUCUUUCUUAAUUCUCUGUCUCAAGCACUUCAAGAUGAGCGAAUAUGAUGGGUCUGAGAAGAAGGUGAAGGCAGGAAAGUCAAACUUCUUUUUGUCUUUUUAAAUUCUUUAAACCCAAAGUGAGGUUUUGUUUCUCUGUAUGCAUCAUGUCUGUUAAUAAUUGCUUAAUGUGAAAUACUAAACAAAUUCACAUUUUCAAUCUAGUUUUAAUGGCAUGGUUUUUCAUUAGUUUUAGGUGAGUAGCCUAUUGAUCAUUAAACAAGCCACCCUCAUUCAGAGACAAUUAAAUCAUUUGCAAUGGAGUCUGAUAUAUUGGUAGGGCCAGUAUUAUCGGCUGAUCAUCUUACCAAUAUAUCUGCAUGAGCAUAUACAGUAUGUCAGCUAAUAAGCAAUACAUUACUGUCCAGAAAUGUCAAAGAUAUUUUUGAGAUAGAUUGAUAAUUUAGAAACUUUGUUCCUAUUACACAGUCGGCCAGAGAGCACUGACAAGUUGAUUUUGAAACUGUUAAUUGUCCCGCCCAGCACGUAUCAUGGUACGUAACCUAAAAUGUUAAUAAAAAACAAAUAUUGCCAGAUAUAUCAUCAUCUGAUCUUUUAAAACCUUUGAAUAUGGGUGUUGUUAUUUGCCUCAGUAAUCCAGUAUCCGAUGGGCUCUAGUUUGCAAGAAAGUUUUCGUUUAAAUGUACCGUCCAAGUCAGCAGGGUUUGUUAUUAUUAAAGCUAUAGUCGGACAUUUUGGGAGUUGAGAAGAUCGUAGAGUAAAUAUGAAGCUACACUGUAAAAAGGGAGAAACAGGUAUCCUGGCUCUGUCUGAAGGUAACAAAAUCCACCUACGAGCUCUUCCAAAGCUCACUACUUAACUCAUAUCUCAUUUGUUUAAUACUGAAGCGUAAAAACAAAUGUGGUUUUACUGGGGGGGUUACAUGCCGGACUAUUUCUAUGGCUGGUUGCAGUGACUUCCUGGAGAUAUAAUGUCGUAGUUACUGAGCUUUAGAGGUGCUGGUAGGCUGAUUUUUGUUACAGUUGGACAGAGUCAUAGUAGCCAUUUCUCUGGUUCCAAUCUUUCCCACUGUAAGAGUGGUAUUGAUCUUCUCUUCUAACUCUAUGCAAGAAAGUGUAUUAACAUAUUUCCCUUCCAACAUACCAAACUAUUCCUUUAAACAAUGUCUCUUCAAACUGUAUGCAAACCAUGUAAUUUAUACUAGUGACAGUAACAAGUGAAACGUUAAGAGCCUGUAUGAAAUUUUGAGAGUAAUGGUUUCAAGCCUCACUGACUUGAAGCAUUGCUAGUCGACUAAUACAUUGUUAAAAUUAAAAAAAAUUAAACAAGGCUGUUAAAGAGUGUUAACACUUCUUUAAAUGUUCUAAUACUAAUUCAUUGAUUAAUGAUCAAUAGGAUAUGCAUCAAAUGUUUCCACUUGAAGAGGGCAAAAAAAAGUUUAGUUUUACUGCACGUUUCUUUGAUUUGUAAAAUAAGUUUCAUGCCUUUUUCCACCUAUUGUACAUCAAAGUUAGUUUUCAAUGCUACGCUCAGUGUUUAUUGUCACUUCUGACAUUUAAAUUACGGAGAUAUGAUUCUUUUACUUGCCCAAUGUUUAGUUGUGAUAGUUCGAUCGCUUCAGAUUUUGCUAUUAUACAAUCAUAACAGAAUGAUGUGUGUGUGUGUGUGUGUGUGUGUUAUUGUAAUUUUAGGACUAUGAUUGAUUGCUCCAAUCAUCUCUAUGCUAUCUAUGAGCACAAAAGCAGAUGCACACGGUGAUUAAAGAGUAGAUUUGAGAGAUGCUUCUUUUGUGUGAAGGGUUUCCGAAGCACAGAACAGGGAGAUCAGCGGUUCUGGAAACCUGUCCUGUGUCCUGUGUCCUGUGUCCUGUAGCAAGUGGCUUCUCAAUCAGACAGGUGCUGAACUUUAGAGACACUAUGUUGAGAAAAAAAAAAAAAAACGCCCUUUGCACACCUUCUGUUGAUCUUAACUGUUUUUAAGAUGCAAAGCACCUCCUUGAUCUCAAAAGCUAGUCGCUCACCUACUCAUUCUUUCAUUUAUUCAUUUACUCAGUAAAACUAUCAGUUGUCACAGUUGACAAUGAACAGGAUUAUUUAUCCUCUCUUUAAUACUGAUGACCUGGUACGGUGCUUCGCAUCUAUAACACUGUGUCCUUGUUUAAAGGAAUAGUUCAACAUUUUUGGAAUUUGUUUUUAAAGCUACAGCCAACAUCCAAAUCCAUCUGCAAGUAGCAAGUUUUACUAGUAAACAUGUUAUAUCUCAUGUGUUUAUCUGU